UCUGCUGACGCCUCCUUUCGGCCCAGGUGCUUGGGGUGAGGUGCCAAAGGUUCUCUAUAAAGAGCCGGAGCUCCUGGACACCACCACUUGCCCUUUGGCUGCCGAACUGCCUGAGUGUGCCAGGCCCAGCCCAGCCCAGCCCAGCGACCACCAUGGUGAGGCUUGUGCUGCCCAACCCUGGCCUAGAAGACAGGAUUCCAUCUCUGGAUGAAUUAGAGGUCAUUGAAAAGGAAGAGGCCAGCUCCAGGCCCAAAUGGGACAACAAGGCUCAGUACAUGCUCACCUGUGUGGGCUUUUGUGUGGGACUGGGCAACGUGUGGCGCUUCCCCUUCCUAUGCCAGAGCCAUGGAGGAGGGGCCUUCAUGAUCCCAUUUCUCAUCCUUCUGGUGCUGGAGGGCAUCCCCUUGUUGUACCUGGAGUUUGCCAUCGGACAGAGGCUACGCAAGGGCAGCGUGGGUGUGUGGAGCUCCAUCCACCCUGCUCUGAAGGGUAUAGGCAUCGCCUCCAUGUUCGUGUCCUUCAUGGUGGGCCUGUACUACAACACCAUCAUCGCCUGGGUCAUGUGGUAUUUCUUCAACUCCUUUCAGGAACCUCUGCCAUGGAGUGAAUGUCCACUCAACCAGAAUCAAACAGGCUACGUGGAAGAGUGUGCCAAGAGCUCUUCUGUGGACUAUUUCUGGUACCGAGAGACUCUCAACAUCUCCACUUCCAUCGAUGACUCAGGCUCCAUCCAGUGGUGGAUCCUGCUCUGCCUGACAUGUGCUUGGAGUGUGCUAUAUGUUUGCAUUAUCCGUGGCAUCGAGACCACUGGGAAGGCUGUGUACAUCACCUCCACGCUGCCCUAUGUUGUGCUGACCAUCUUUCUCAUCCGUGGCUUGACUCUGAAGGGUGCCACCAAUGGCAUUGUCUUCCUUUUCACACCCAAUAUCACGGAGCUGAGCAACCCUAACACGUGGCUGGAUGCAGGUACUCAGGUCUUCUACUCCUUCUCACUGGCCUUUGGGGGUCUCAUCUCCUUCUCCAGCUACAACUCUGUGCAUAACAAUUGUGAGAUGGAUUCUGUGAUCGUGUCCAUCAUCAAUGGCUUCACAUCUGUGUAUGCAGCCACCGUGGUCUACUCCAUCAUUGGCUUCCGAGCCACUGAGCGCUUUGAUGAGUGUGUCAACACGAACAUCCUGACCCUCAUCAAUGGGUUCGACCUGCCUGAGGGCAAUGUGACUUCAGAGAACUUUGAGGCCUAUCAACAGUGGUGCAAUGUCACCAAUCCCCAGGCCUAUGCACAGCUGAAGUUUCAGACCUGUGACAUUAACACCUUCCUUUCUGAGGGUGUGGAAGGCACAGGCCUGGCCUUCAUUGUCUUCACUGAAGCUAUAACGAAGAUGCCGGUGUCCCCACUCUGGUCGGUGCUCUUCUUUAUCAUGCUUUUCUGCCUGGGCCUCUCCUCCAUGUUUGGAAACAUAGAGGGUGUGAUCGUACCCCUUCAGGACCUCAACAUAACUCCUAAGAAGUGGCCCAAAGAACUGCUGACAGGUCUCAUCUGCUUGGGGACAUAUCUCAUCGCCUUCAUUUUCACACUGAAUUCGGGCCAAUACUGGCUUUCCCUCCUGAACGCCUAUGCUGGCUCCAUCCCUCUGCUAAUCAUUGCCUUUUCUGAGAUGUUUGCCAUCGUCUAUGUGUAUGGAGUUGACAGGUUUAACAAGGACAUCGAGUUCAUGAUCGGCCAUAAGCCCAACAUCUUCUGGCAAGUCACAUGGAGAGUGAUCAGUCCGCUGAUCAUGCUGGUCAUCUUCUUCUUCUUUCUUGUGAUUGAAGUCAACCAGAGGCUCAUGUAUAGCAUCUGGGACCCUGACUAUGAGGAGUUCCCGAAACCUCAGAAGGUUCCAUAUCCCAACUGGGUGUAUGCAGUCGUGGUCAUUGUGGCUGGAGUACCCUGCCUCACCAUCCCUUUCUUUGCCAUCUACAAGUUCAUCAGAAACUGCUACCAGAAGUCUGGUGACCACCACGGGCUGGUCAACACGCUGUCCACAGCCUCUGUGAAUGGGGACCUUAAGAACUGAAUGGGCCUAGUCUGCAUAAGGCAGAAGAUGAUGUGGAGGAAGCAAGAUGCAGGAUCCAUGGGGGAAUAGGCUGUAAUAUGUGUCAAUGUGUGAGUACAUAUACAUGUAUUCAUGUCACACAGAUGUGUACACAAGUGUUACACAAACAUGUGGGGCACAUAGACAUGUUUAUGUGUAUAUACCAGUUUUAUACAUGUGUAUAUGUGGAUCAUAUGUACCACAUGUGUACAUAAGUGUAUAUGUGUGUAAGUGUGAGUUUAUGUACACAUGAUGUGCAUAUGUUUGUGUAUAUAUUCCAAGGAGGGUAUAUUUAUAUAUACAUGUAUAUAUGCACACAUGUGUUAUCUAGAUGUAAAUAUAUAUGCUCACAUGUUAACAUAUAUCUGUGCACACAUGUGUAUACAUAUACUCACAAAUGGAAUCUAUUGAUAUGUGUAUAUGAAUGUAUGAACAUGCACUCAUAAACAUUAUAUAUGUGUAUGU